GGUUAACGGCGCUGCGGGCUGCCGGGGGAGGGAGAGCGCGAGGGUGGGAGCCGGGUGCAGCCGGCCGGCGAGGGUGCAGCGGGCGCGGGGAUGGAGGACGGCGUGGCCGGGUCCGGGCUCGGGGCGGCGGCCCCGGCGGCGGGGAUGCGAGCGCGGCCCUUCGCGCCCUUCUGCGCCGGGGUGGCCGAGGCCGACGAGGGCGGCGGCGACUGGAGCUUCAUCGACUGCGAGAUGGAGGAGGUGGACCUGCAGGACCUGCCGAGCGCCACCAUCGCCUGCCACCUGGACCCGCGCGUGUUCGUGGACGGGCUGUGCCGGGCCAAGUUCGAAUCCCUCUUCAGGACCUACGACAAGGAUAUCACCUUUCAGUAUUUUAAGAGCUUCAAACGCGUCAGAAUAAACUUUAGCAACCCCCUGUCCGCCGCGGACGCCCGAGUCCAGCUGCAUAAGACUGAAUUCCUUGGCAAAGAAAUGAAGUUAUAUUUUGCUCAGACUUUGCAUAUAGGGAGCUCCCAUCUGGCUCCCCCCAACCCGGACAAACAGUUUCUCAUCUCCCCCCCUGCGUCUCCGCCCGUGGGCUGGAAGCAAGUGGAAGAUGCCACCCCUGUGAUCAAUUACGACCUUUUAUAUGCUAUCUCCAAGCUGGGGCCAGGCGAAAAGUAUGAACUACACGCAGCCACGGACACCACCCCCAGCGUGGUGGUCCACGUGUGUGAGAGCGACCAGGAGAACGAGGAGGAAGACGAGGAGGAGAGAAUGAAGAGGCCCAAGCCCAGAAUCACCCAGACCCGGCGGCCCGAGUACACACCCAUCCACCUAAGCUGAAUGCAGCCGCAGGAAGGAUCCCAAACCACACUCACUCACCAGAGGCGUCUGGAACUGGCCAAGUGGCUGCUCAGAGCUGGGGAGGCGGCUGCCUCCCACCCCCCAAGAUCCAUCGAUCACUGUGGCAGGAAUUCCCUCGUAGCUCAGAAGAGAAGCCAGGCUUCCAUCACCUGCUUCCAUGUCCCAGGCUCCCUGGGAGGGGCAAGUCCAGGACCCAUCACUGAGUUUGGGGUGAUCUCUCACGGACUUCUCGAGAAAGACUCGAGAAUGAUAGUGUCUUGUCCUGGUUCAUUGUAUCUUGUCUUAUUUUUAUGUUUUUUUUUUUUUUUUUUUCUGGUAGGUUCUGUGUUUUCUCAAGGCAGGUGGAUCAGUGGGGCUGGAGGGAAUAGCAUUCUGUUCUAACCAGACCACAAGGGUGGGGGAAAAAAUAAAUAAAUAAAUAAAUAAAUAAACAAACAAAUAAAUAAAAGCACCCUUGUCUGGUGCAGAAAGAUAGUGAGAACAGCAACCACACAAUGUGGGCAUCCUCGUGUUACACACAUACACACACACCCUGUCCUAAACUCUGUGCACUUAUGGGACCCUUCCCCCCUACACACACACACACACACACACACACACACACACACACACACCCCUGCAGAAACUCAACUUUGUUUGUUUACACUUCUGCCUCGUUGUUUGACAUCCUUGGGGAAGAUAGGAGAAGCAGUUGGGACAGCUAGGACAUGAAUCUCCUGUCCAGAUUUCCUGCUCUCCUGGCUGGAGCGCCCUACAUGUGAGAUGGUUCCUGGAAUGCUUUCACUCUCAGUUUUCCAUGGGAGAAAUCGACUUGAAAUUCCUGGGGGAAGGGGGGUCCCCCUUGCAGAAGCCAGAGAAUAGCAGUUUCACUGCCGACUUUUAGGGGGACGGAAAUGGUCUCGUCUCUGUGUCUGGGGUUAGGCAUCAGUUUCCUUUGAUUCCUUUGAUGUGCUGGUUUCUGUUCAUGAAAGGUUGGCAAAAAGAAAAAGAAACCAAAUAAACAACAGCAAAAAAAAAAAAAAAAAACAGCAACACACACACACUUUUAUUAGGAACCAUUGGUGGAGAUAAUCUCUCCCAUCUCUCUUUUUUUUGCUAACCCCACUAAAACGUCAAAAUAAACUUGUAAAUACAACUGGUAGCAUAGAUCCGUAUCUGUUGUGAACCUGGGUGGAAAACAUGGCAGUGGAGGAACAGUGUAAUAUGUAUUAGCCUACCUGUGAAUUGUAUGUCGUAAAAAAGGGUAAUAUAUAUAUAUAUAUAUAUAUUUUAACAGCAUAUAUAUGCUGUUAAAAUGUUUGACGGGACUUGAAUUCCAAGCAUGUGGAGUGGGCGUAGAUGUGUUUAUGAGGAAGAUGUAGUGCCUUCCCCCCAUGAACUCCUGAUGGAAUUGUUAUUCUAGGUUCACGUUUGUAAUUCUCUCUCCCUCUCUUUUUUUUUUUUUUUUCCUUCCUAGUUGUACUAUGUGUGUGUCCAGUAAAUAGAGAUUCCAUUUUGGCCUUACAAUGGUGAUACCAUUACACAGUGUUUCAUUUGGAAAUACCUAAUGCCAAGUAAUAAUGCAUGCUUUGGGAGUUUGGGAAAAAAAAAAAGGUUUUCCUUAAGAAGCAGAAGCUUUUCCCCACCAUGUCACAGUACUGACCGAAUGUUCUCAAAACCCUGUUUACAGUACUUGGUGGGGAGGUCCCAGUGGGGGAGAGACCAUCACAUUAGCUGUUCAAGUGUUUCCUAGUUAAGUGCUUUUCAACUGGAGAGGCUACCCUCAGAAUAUUUUUUUUAAACUGCAUUCUGUAAUAAAUCUACAUGAGAUGCUAUUUACGGAAA